AUGGGCAACAACCCCUCCUCCGCGUCCAAGCCCGCCACCCCCGUCUCUUCCAACCCAGCAUCCGCCCACGACUCGCCCAAGAACCCCAAGAGGGAUUCGAAGCACAUCAUCCCCCACCGCACAACCGAACGGGUCGCCGCGCCCCCCGAGGCCUCUCUGCACCAGGCCCAGGGGUCCACCAUCAGCAAGGCCUCAAGACCCCUCCAGUACAACCCCAUCGCCGGCAUCGCCAGCGCCUCGCCCUCCUCCAGCCCCAAGAGCAACAACUCGGCCGCGCCGCCACGGCCGUCCGACGCCAAGACGAUCCCCCGCGAUGAGCCCACCAAACCGCUAGACGUCCCGACAGCCCACACCGAGCCGUCGUCCCUGCGCUCCCACAUCUCCGCCCACGUCGACGGUGCCGGCCUCGUGUCCCAGAGCAGCGUCAACGACAUGUCCUAUCUCACGCGGCCCCCGCGCCUGCCGCUCCCCAUUGAGGAGGAGGUCCAUACGCCCGGCUCCCCCAUCAUCGCGCCGGCCGAUGGCGACACCCCCAUCGUCGACCCCGGCUCGCUCGAUUCCGACCCCAUGACCCGUAAGUCCUCGGCCCUCAGCAGCAACACAGUCGACGACGACGACGGCGAGGAGCUCAUCGUCGACAAGACCCGCCCUACCGUGCCUACCCAGCUGCUCUGGACUCGUGGAGGAGAGAAAGUCUACGUCACCGGCACCAUUUUCCAGUGGAACCGCAAGCAACGACUGCAUCCCGUCGAAGGCAAACCCGGCGUCUUCUCCGGCACGGUCCACAUUCUCCCCGGCACCCACCAUGUGCGUUUCUUGGUCGACGGCAUCAUGCAGACGUCGCCGGAUCUACCGACAACCGUCGACUUUGGCAACAACCUCGUCAACUACAUUGAGGCCGAGGACUCGCCCUCGUAUCAGUACGCCGUGACGGCCAUCGAGAAGCUGCCGACGCCGCCCAGCCUUCCGGGCUUCCUGGGCAAGCCCAUCCUCAAUGCCGCCGUCCUCAUGAAGGACGACAACAGUGUGCUCAACAUGCCGAAUCACACGGUCCUCAACCAUCUCGCCACGAGCAGCAUCAAGAACAACAUCUUGGCUGUGUCAGCGACGACUCGCUACAAGAGCAAGAGGCGCGACGUCGCAGGGGCAGUGACUGGGGUGCGUGAUGACGAAGAGAGCUUGGGCCGACUGACGAUGCGUCUGUGCUGCAAGCUGCGGACACGCGGAGGCGACGAUUCUCUAUAG